GACAGCCAUUGAAUCAUAUGUUUCAGCUAGUAUGCGGCUGCCACCGUUAGUGUUAAUAACACUUGUGUCGUGCUGGGCGAGCGUCUCGAGCCGCCGUCACCCGGACCCGCCGCCACUGUCGGCUCGCGCGGCCGCCGCUAUCAACCCCGCCGAGCGCACCGCCCAGUACUGGGUGGAGGAGGCGCAGGCCGGGAUCCGGGCUCGCGUCAAACACGACAAGAGCGACGGCGUGGCGCGGAACGUGGUCAUGUUCCUAGGUGACGGAAUGUCGGUUCCGACGCUGGCGGCCGCGCGGACGCUGCUGGGACAGAAUCGGGGCCGCACUGGCGAGGAAUCACAAUUGUCUUUCGAAGAAUUCCCCACUGUAGGAUUAGCUAAGACGUACUGUGUGAACCAUCAAAUAGCAGACUCGGCGUGCACGGCGACCGCGUACCUGUGCGGCGUGAAGAACAACUACGGUAUGAUCGGACUGACGGCGGCGGUGCCGCGCCGGGACUGCGUCGCGUCGCUCGACAACAGCACCCAUGUCGCCUCCAUCGCCGAGUGGGCGCUGCAGGACGGCCGCGACGUCGGUAUUGUGACUACAACACGUAUUACGCACGCGUCACCGGCCGGCGCUUAUGCCAAGAUAGCCAAUCGCAAUUGGGAAAAUGAUUUGGAAGUGUUAUUAGAUGGACAAGAUCCAUUACUAUGUCGUGAUAUUGCACAUCAACUGGUACAUUCGUAUCCAGGCAAUCAGUUUAAGGUAAACUAUUUAUUACACCUGAGUAUUACAUCUAUUAAAAAAAAAAAAAAAAAAAAAAAAUUUAAACGAUUUUUUAACUAUAUGUAUUACUUGCAGGUCAUUUUAGGUGGUGGAAGGCGUGAAUUUUUACCAAAUACGACAUUUGAUGAAGAGGGCACUCAAGGCCUCAGAACAGAUGGUCUCAACCUAAUCGAAGAGUGGCAAGCUUCUAAAGAGUCGCAAAAUGUUGACUUUAAGUACGUGUGGAAUAGGGAACAAUUAAUGAAUUUAUCACAAUCACCACCAGAUUAUCUCCUGGGGCUCUUUGAGGGUGACCACAUGCAGUACCAUUUGGAGGCGAAUAAUGUUACAGAGCCGAGCCUCACUGAGCUUACUGAAAUUGCCAUACGAUCCCUCAGCCGCAAUGAAAAGGGUUUCUUCUUGUUCGUGGAGAGCGGCCGCAUUGACCACGGACACCACGACAACUACGCGCACCUGGCGCUCGACGAGACGAUCCAGCUGCACGCGGCGGUGCAACGCGCCACCGAGAUGCUCUCCGAGGAAGAUUCCUUGAUAGUAGUUACCUCUGAUCAUUCACACGUCAUGGCCAUCAAUGGCUACUCACCACGUGGCAAUAGCAUAAUUGGGCGUUCUAAUGAAGUAGGAGACGAUGGUAUACCGUACAUGACAGUCUCGUACACCAAUGGACCUGGUGCACGACCACAUGACAAUGGAGCUCGUGUUGACGUUACUACAGAAGAAAAUUUCGGUAGUUUGCGGUGGCGUACGCACGCGGAGGUGCCGCUGGAGGACGAGACGCACGGCGGCGACGACGUGGCGGUGUUCGCGCGCGGGCCGCACCACGCGCUGUUCACGGGCCUGUACGAGCAGAGCCGCAUCCCGCACCUCAUGGCCUACGCCGCCUGCAUCGGGCCCGGCCUGCACUACUGCAACGCCGCCACGCACGCAUCCUACAGCUCUAUAUUUUUAAUAGUUACCCUGUUGUAUAUGUUAAAUGCUCUGAAUUUGCAUCGAUGAUGUAAUUUUAUGAUAUUUUCCUUAUAUAUUGUUAUGAAGUAUUUGUAAACAAAAAAUUAGGACGUAAUUCUCAU